AAUAUUAGUCAAACAAAAAUAUUUAUAUAAAGAUAUUUUCUAAACUAUUUCUAAUAUAUGAGUGUUUUAAAUCUUUUAACACAAUAAUAAGUACAUAGUUUGAUGAACGUUUUUUUGACAUAUAUAAAUAAUUUGAUGUUUGAUUUAACUAUUUAAAAUCAUAAAUAAUAACUUAACUUGUGAUUGAGUUCAAAACAAAUUUUCUUGUUCUUACUUUAAACCAGUUUAAGUUUAAUCAGUGAAACACUAUAGCUUCAGUUGGUGACCACUAAAAGAAUGAAAAAAAUAAAAAAAUAAAAUUUCAUUUAAGGAAUUGAAAAAAUAAAAAAAAUACGAAUUUUUGUUCAAUUCGUUCCUUAUCCACAUUGCACAGUGAAAUUGUUUCUUAUAAAUUCAUAUUUCCAUGGAGAAUUUAGAAGAAAAAAGUGGGAUCUGCCUUUCAAUAACUUGACUAAAAUUUCAACAUAACUGGUAUAAAUUUUGAGGAACAGAGAAUUCACCAUAAUGUUUUUCCUUCAACAUGUUCACCAAUUAGUGUUUUAUAAUGCCGAAUUUUGGUUUAAUAAGACAUAAAAUAAUAAGUAUUCGUAAGAUGAUUAUGCCCGCAUGUGCGGGCAAAGCACCUGGUACAAAAUAUUACUUAUGAUAAAGUCCUUGGCGAACUAACGGAGUUCCACAAACUUAAGUCAUAACUAUUUUGGUUUUCCAGCUAGGUAAUUUAACUCAAGGGUGUAAAACUAUAAUGUUUUUUUGGGUUCUAAAUAUUUUUUUGGAUGUUCGAUUAAAGAAUACGAAAUAAUAAAGGUAAUACUGAACAUAAAACAUCGUUUUCGAAAAAAAACUCGAUUGGUUUUAGUUCAUAUAUAUUAAAGACUUAUUCUUGGGUUCACCCUCCACGGUGAGCCUUUAGGUUCAACAACUAGGAGUGUCAAAAUGAGCUAACUUGCUCAACUCAUAGUGAGCUCGGCUCUUUCAUGAGCUAGCUCAGCUCAGUUCAUUUAUUAUAUGAGCUUCAAUAUGUAAACUCGAACUCAGAUCAUCUAGAUCAUGAGUUAAAUGAGCUAACUCGUGAUCUAAAUAAAAAUAAUAAUUAUAAAAUAAAAUAGUGAUAGAAUAACUUCUAUAAUAUUGUUCAAAAUUUGAAUAUUAAAAAAUCCUAAACAUAAAUAUUAAAUACUAAAUAGAAACUAACACAUGACAAAAAUGAAAAAUACAACACCUAAUAUAAAUUAAAUAAAAACAAAACUAAUGAUCCAAAUCCCUAUUCUUCGUGAGAGUUUUGAGUCAAUUCAUCUUCAAUGUAUUAUAUGUAUGUUUUACAUUUUAAUUUUAGAAGAUAAAGAUGAUUAAUAUAGAUAUUAUCUUUUAAAAAGAUUUGGUUUGACAUUUUAAUUUUAGAAGAUAAAUAUGAUAAAUAUAGAAAUUAUCUCUUUUUUACAUAAAAAAUAGAAAUUAUCCAAAUAUAAUAUAUAAAAUAUAUUAUAUAUUAUUGUAAGUAAAAAAUGAACAAGCUCAUGAGUCAGCUGAUGUUCUUUAAAGAUCGUUCAUGUAACUCGUGAUCUAAUUUAAGCUUGAUCAAUAAACUCAUUUAUUAAAUGAGCUUAAAAUAUAGAGAUCGUGCUCAUGAAAAAACGAGCUGAGGUGAGCCAGAUCGUGAGCGCUAGAUCAUUUUGACACCCCUAAAUAUAUUUACUUGAUUGCUCUAAUCAUAAUAAUUUGUGCUUUUAUGUACAAACAAACUGAAUUAAAUCGAGAGAGUGAGAUUGGGAUGAUGACUCUUUAAUUUCUCAAACUGGAUACUUUUAUUUUAUGUAACUAAUAAAUUAUGAUAAUAAUAUAAUAAUAAUAACAAUACUUAAAGGGGGAUAUGCUCAAAAAAGAUGCAUGCCACGUCCUAAAAAAAAUUAACAAAUUAGAUGCCCCUAUUUUGCCACGUUACAUCCUCUUUAUCGACAUGGGCCAAGUGUUUUGAUCUUCUAAAAUUUGGAGGUGGCCCAUUUGAGACCCAUGUUACACUUUCCAACGAAACCCACGCUUUCCUUCCUCAGUCAAUAGUCUCUUACGAUUCCUCUCCAUAGCCAUUGUUCCAUUCUCUCCAAAUCUCCAUUACUUUGCAGUAGCUAUCCACUCUAAAAUCAUUGAUUCUGCUCUUUACACGUUCUUACAAGAUGUAUCAUUUCACCUCCUUUUGUUUUCCUCAUGUAUGAUCUAUUUCUCGAUUCUUAUAUAUACCGCAAUCUACGACUUAUUCAGUCGAAGAUCAAGCUAUGUCCAUGAGAUCUGCUAAGCUGUGUAUUUCACCAACAUCUCCCCGGGUACAGCGGAAUCAGAACUAGGCUUCCGGUUAAUCCGUUUCUGGGAGACCAUAAGCACAAACAGCUAAAGGUGGUUUGCUUAUAGGCUUGGAGCUUCUCCUUACAGGCAAGCAGGUAUCAGAUUCUUUACUUCUUAUUCUAUUGAUCCAAAUCAAUCUAGGUCACAACUUCUUGAUUUAUUGAUUACUUCUUAAUAAAAAUCAAUCUAGGUCACUACCGAGUGUAGUUAUACCGAGUUAUACCGAUUGUACUGAGUACUACUAAGUUAGUUAUACCGAGUUCGACUAAGUUCUACUGGUUAUACUGCACGAUACUAAGUACUACUGAGUUAGUUAUACCAAAUUCGACUGAGUUAGUAAUACCGAGUUAUACUGGAUCCAGAUCUGAAGAAAAACAUACUUUGCAAAGGGGAAACAAGAACAAUAAAAUCCCUAAAUCAUAAAAAAAAAACCCAGAUCUAUAGAGAACAAUAAGAACUCUAAUCAUACAAAACCCAGAAUCUUAAUUUACAAUCCUAAAUCGAAAACAUGAGGACAAUAAAAACCCUAAAUCGUGAGGCACCGCGGAUCUGUUUCCAUUUUUGUCCCCUUCAACGUCGCCAUAUCAGGCUGUGAGGCACCGCAAAUCUGUUUCUUCUUCAGGUUUCCGGAUCUAAUCUUAGAGUUCACUAUCAGAUUUGAUGUUAAAGAAGAAAGAAACCAGAAAAAGAAAAGUUGUAGAGAGGAAGAGAGAAACCAUCGGGAGAGAGAGAGAAAGAAAAGAAAAAAAAAUGAGAUAGUAAAUAAAAAUGAAUCUGGUUUUUAAUAUUUAGGUUUGUAAGGAAGGUUAAAAAUGUAAUCAGCCAGUAUUUCGAAUUAAAAAUAAUUCAAAAAAAAAUAAUAUUUAGGAAGGUAGAGAUUGGACAGAUAGGGGUAAGAGAGGCGUUGACUCAGAAAAGGAACGGAUCAUAUCCAAAAUCAUCACCAUUAGGCUUUCUUUUUGGAGGAUCAGUUGCAAGAAUCUGCCAUGGGUCAACUGAAAUACUCAGUGUUCCUCUGUUUCAGAGGAGAAGAUGUUCGAGUAGGCUUUCUAAGUUACCUCAUAGGCACCCUAAAAAGGAAAUCCAUAAAAUACUAUGUUGAUUACGAGGAGACAAGGGGAGAAGUUAUGGAAAUUUUCUUACGAAGGAUCGCAGAGUCCAGGAUUGUGCUUGUGAUACUCUCACCCAAGUUCAUGGAGUCGGAUUGGUGCAUAGAUGAAGUUCUCAAGGCUCUGGAGACGCGUGAAGCAGGGACAAGCAUCAUUCCUGUCUUCUACAAAGUCAGCGUUGCGGACGUGAAGGGGUGGAAUAUCGUAAAACAAGGAGAUAGGGAUAAGUUCAUAAACGUUACUAAACGUUUGGGAUUGAGAUCCAAAGAUUACCCUACUAGCGAGGCGGAUUUUGUGAACAAGAUCGUGGAGGAACUGGAGAAAGCGUUGACCAAACUGGAAACGGAGGAGGAAGAGAACAAGUUGAAGAUGAAGCAGGCGAUUACUACUAAGAUGAAGCAGGCGAUUACUACUAAUACUACUAUGCCUUUCUUUGGGACCAACAAACGCGUCAAGCAAUUGCAAGAGAAGUUAAUGAUGGGGAUCCCGACCCAUACUCGCCUUGUCGGAGUUGUUGGGAUGAAAGGUAGUGGCAAAACAAACCUAGCGGAGAUGUUCUUCGAGGAAGGAAAAUGUUACUUCCUCAGACAUUUGUUCUUCAGGGACAAAAUAGGUAAGAAUAUGGAGAGUGGUGCGAAGCGCGAUCUGCUCGUACAGCAGUUCCAGAAAAAUCUUUUGAAGAUAUCAAAUACUGAAGAAAAGAUUAAUAGCAAACUUCUUCUUGUCUUGGAUGACUUCAGCGACAAGGAAGAUAUCAUAUGUCUUUUUGGUGACCGUGGAUGGAUUACUCCAGGUAGCAAGAUAGUUAUUGUGGCAAGCGACAAGUCAUUGGUCGAGGGACUGGUCGAUGAUACUUAUGUGGUCCCAGGCUUGAACGAAAAGGAAGGGUUAGCAUGCUUGAGUUAUCACGCCUUUGGAGACGUGAUAACUCGGUACUUCUUAACUCGGUAUUCAUUUUUAAAAACCAGGGAAAUAUACAAAGAUAUAAAAAAUUUAACAAAAUAAAUAUUUGUUACAGUAAUAUAUUAAAGCAAUUCAAAUUUUAAAUUGAAUUGAAAAGUAAUUUAAAUUGUUAAAUGGUAGACAAAACGUUCACACUAAAGAGAGCAUAAACACAAAUAUUUUUAGUUGUUUUUUAUGAGCAACACAUAUAUUCCAUAUCAAAAGUUUAACA